UCAGUAUAUGUUAACCGUUUGAACACAUGGUAGUUAUGUUAAAACUGUUGUAGUGUGUUUGGUGUCAAGGAAGGCACUUCUAUACAUCAUAUCGCGCUCAAGAUAGUCCACGUACCUGCAUUAACAGAGAAUAUAAUUACAUAUUACAAUUACAUAGAUAUGCAUAAGUGUCUGAUAAGUCCUUCGCUUCCCAAAAGUUCGGAAUCGGAAAUUGAUUUCGGCGAUAUCUAAUUGUAGUUUGUUUAUGCUUCAGACUACAGUAUGGAGACGCUUGAGAAAAUGUUCUUUGCUUCCAUAUCUAUUUUGAACAUAGCUGUAGGAAUUGCAGUUAUUUGUCAAAUGGCGCCACGACUGGCUGAUCAGCAACCACAUUUGCAUCCUUCCACCUCCACUCAGAAUAUGAAGGAAGCAAUUGACAAGGCAUACACGGAAUGCCUACGAAAAUUGCCAGACAGGAACACAAAGAAAAGUAAUGAUGUAGGGAGAGAGUACAUUCCCCCGCAUCUUUACAGCCUACUGAAACCUGAUGCAUUCUACUCGGGGCUGAACAUCACUGACCUUGGCAAAGAGCACCCCUAUAAACUCACUCCUGCCAGAGGAUGGGCCGCACAAACUAUGGUCGGGCAAGAGAGACAAGUCUUGUACAACGGAAUGCAGUAUGAGAACGGGAGCAUCAUAGUCCCUGCAGCCGGUGUUUAUGUCGUGUACAGCCAUGUUACAUUUAACACUGAAGCAUAUCGUCACGAUGACAAAGAGACUGACUUCUAUCACCUCAUAGUCCGCUAUAAUGCGGAGAAACAAGAGGAGAAUAUCGCACUUAAGAACGUAGUUAUCGAGAAUAGCUAUGGGAUGAGAUUGAUUGACGGGGAUGGCUUGUUAUCUAGUGACAUCCGUGGAAUACUGGAGCUCAAUGCUGGGGAUCAACUUCGUGUUGACUUAUCAGGAGUAUCGAAAUUAAGCUCUGUUACGGAUUGGUUUUACUUUGGCGUUUACAUGAUCUGAAGUACCUUCUGGCGAUCUAGUCGGUCGUUGGGAUAUGAAGGGACCAAGACUCUCAGAGAGCUGAAUAUAUGUAUUAACGGUGUUCAACAUUGAUGUGUAUAACAGAUUGAAAAAUAGAUACAGAUAUUUUUAUUUGAUGUAUAUGGAGGGUGAUGAUAGCGUUCGCAUUAAAACUUUGUCAGUCACUGUCAA